GACGAAACAGGGUUAAGGCCAGGGUUACGGUUGUUCUCGUUAGGGUUUGUGGUAAUGGACGGCGGUGGCGGCGGCGGCGGGUCACGGCCAUGACAGGAAGGCGAUGCAAGCGGCGGAAGAUGAUGGGUAGGGGUGUGGAGGGAGGUUGCGGCACCGAGGAGAAGCCUUGUCCUGUUUCUAGGGUUUCUUCUUCUUCCACCAAAAUUCCCGCGAAUAACCAGUUAUCGACUUCUGUUCAAAGAGACGAAUCUUUCGGUUUGGAUUUAUAUGUUCAAGCUCGAAAAGCUUUGUCUGAGCGUUCACCGUACGAUACCGAAGAGGCCGUGCUCUCUAGGGUUCCUACUCUUCCUGUUGGUUUAUCUGGUUUCCUGACCAAGAAUUAUGAAAGUCGGAAGAGGUAUAAAAAAUCUCAUUCUGAAUCGGCCGCGAAGUCUUCUGGACAUGGUUCGAUUGCCCAGACUCCUGUUUUGCUGAAUAUUUGGGCUGAGAAUGAGGAUUACUUCAGGCCGGUUGCUUUGACUGAUAUUGAGAACUUGGUUGUUGUGUCAUCGAUUGAUUCUUCUGAUAUUCAGGGCUGUUUAACUAUCCCGUCAGUUUCUGGUGCUACUGUUAGGACUUGUGACAAUGCAAUUGAAGUUAGUACUAGUCCGCAGAAGAAUGAGGAGGUUGGGGUGGAGGAAGAGCAGUUUAUGGAAAUCGAUGGUGAGGGAGCUGAUGUUUUAGCUCAGAACGAAACGGGUGUGCUUCAAAAUGAAAUGGGUUCUUCAGUUAGACCUUCCUCGCCUUGGGGAGCUGGUAUUUUGCCACAGGCAGAAAAAGGUUCUUCAGUGACAGAGCUUUCUUCUCCACCCUCGUCUGGUCUACAAUGGUUGUUGGGUUCGAAGAAUAAAAUUCUACUUACUUCUGAGCGACCUUCCAAGAAAAGGAAACUUUUGGGUGGUGAUGCAGGAUUAGAAAGACUGGUUAUUGGGCAGCCUUCAGAAGGAGUGGGGUCACCUAUCUGCCACGUUUGUUGCUUAGGGGACAAUAACCGAAUGCUGGUGUGUGAUUCAUGUAAAGUUUCAGUACAUCAGAAUUGCUAUGGUGUAGAAACUUUUCCAGACGGACCAUGGUUAUGUUCUUGGUGCAAGCUGAAGGGUGACGUUGAAAAUGAUUUGGCGGGAAAUGUGGCUGUUGAAAAUGGAACUGAUGUUUGGUUAAGGCCUUGUGAGCUUUGCCCGAAACAAGGUGGUGCUCUAAAACCGAUUGCCAAGGGUGUACCUGAGACCAAAGAUAGCGAUACUGUGAAGUUUGCUCACUUGUUUUGCUGUCAAUGGUUGCCCGAGGUGUAUGUUCAGGACUUGAGGAUGAUGGAGCCAAUCAUGAAUGUUGAAGGAAUAAAGGAGACUAGAAAAAAAUUAGUUUGUUAUUUGUGUAAGGUUAAGUAUGGUGCCUGCAUUCGGUGUAGCAAUGGGACUUGCAGAACUUCUUUUCAUCCUAUAUGUGCAAGGGAGGCCAAACACAGGAUGGAGAUUUGGGGAAAGAUUGAAACAGAUAAUGUUGAACUUCGGGCUUUCUGCUCAAAGCACUCAGUAUGUCAGGACACUGCUGUUAUGCAACAACCAAGCAGUCCUUUGUCAGUGUUUGGUGGUUGUGAGUUUUCUUUAUCUCAGCCUUCACCUUUGGCACUGGUGGAAAGUGAACCUCACAAGUUAAGACAUGGAAUCAAGAAUGCGGAACAAAGCAUGGUCCAUUGUAAAGCCACUGAUGGUGAUUGUAAUAAAUCUGAGGAUGUCGAGGGUACUGAACCAGGUUCUAGAUGUAGGUCUGACAGUGCUGAUGUACAGCUCAUUACCAUGGAGGCACUUGGAAGGAACAGCAAUGAGGAUAGUGGUUCGAUAGACUCCCUUGAUUCUGUACAAAUUCUGAAGAAGAUAAUUGAUCGAGGAAAAGCCUUUGUGCAUGAUGUAGCUUUAGAGAUUGGCAUUUCAUCAGAAUCAUUGGCCGCAACACUUGCGGGGGAGCGCCCCUUCUGUUUCCCUGACUUGCAGUCCAAGAUAAUCAAGUGGCUUGGAAAUCAUGCUUAUAUGGGUAAUUCACUGAAAAACUUGAAAAGUAGGAGCAACUCAACGAAUUCAUCAAGGGCUGCGGUUGCAGGGUCUGAUGGUCCUAAUGGAAUUGCAAUAGCAGAUUCUAGUCACUCAGAUGCUGUUCCUGUCAAAUCAGUGCCACCAAGGAGAAGAACAAAGAACAACAUAAGGAUUUUGAAGGAUAAGAAAGUUUUAUCUUCGUCAGAGGAAACAUUUAUCGAGCAAAAUGAUGAUGGAAUAGUGAUAAAUGAGUUCAGCAGACAACAGCUUGGUCUUGAUGAAGAGUUUAAUGAUGGUUCUGGUAAUGAAUCUCUUUCUCAUAAUGGAGAUUGUUGCGAAGACCCUCAUGUCACUGGCAAGAUUAGGAUGGAGCCUUUGGGGCAUCAAGAGGUCGGUUCUUUUGUCGAAUCACCUAGAUCUGAAGCUGUAGGUUCACAUUCUAGCAUAUUGAAGAACGUUCAAGCUUACAAUGUAGAUUCUUCUGUGGUGAAUACUUUGGUGGACUCUAAUGGUGAAGACCCUGCUUGUGCAGCUGAUAGCGCAACACCAGUUAUGCGUAAUCUUGAAAAUGGAGAAGUAUCUUCGACUUCUUAUAUUCACCCAUUUAUCCUCAAGAGGAUGAUGCAAAUGCAGAGCCCAAUGGGUAAAAGCAUCUCUUCCAUUGAGGCAUAUGGCCCUGUCAACGUUUGUUGUAACCGCUUACAUCAGCCUUCAGUUUGCAUUAGCAAGAAUCCUGCAUCAGAUAGUUUAAAACUGGAGCAGUUGAUUAAGGCCAGUUCGAUGGGUAUCAUGGAGUAUUCUCCUGAAGAUGAAGUGGAAGGAGAACUUAUUUACUUUCAGAAUAAGCUGGUUGACCUAGCAGUCUCGAGCAAGCGCUAUUGCGAUGAUUUGAUUUUUAGGGUUGCGAAAAGUCUUCCAGAAGAGAUGGAUGCUGUAAGGAAUAAAAAAUGGGAUGCUGUGCUUGUCAAUCAGUAUCUUUGUGAGCUUAGAGAGGAAAAGAAACGGGGAAGGAAAGAGAAGCGCCACAAAGAAGCCCAGGCUGUGCUUGCUGCUGCAGCAGCUUCUUCGAGGGUUUCAUUGUUUAGGAAAGAUGGGCAAGAUGAAGCUGGUCAACAUGAGAAUCCGUUGAAGGUGAAUACUGUCAGUGGGAGGGCUGGGCCACAUUCUCAGUUGAUGCCACGGGCAAAGGAAACACUCUCAAGGUUGGCUGUAUCAAGGGCUUCUUCAGAGAAACAGUCCAAUAUCUUCCAGUUGACUUCAGAUUUCUCAAAAGAUAAUCCAAGAUCAUGUGAUGUUUGUAGGCGGUCAGAAACAAUGCUGAACCCAGUCUUAGUUUGUUGCUACUGCAAGGUUGCAGUUCAUUUGGGCUGUUAUCGUAAUGUGAAAGAUCCUGUUGGUCCAUGGUACUGUGAAGUUUGUGAAGAGCUAUUGCCAUCUAGAAGCCCAGGAGCUGUACCUUCAAAUUCUAUGGAGAGGCCUUAUUUUAUUAUACAGUGUGGUUUAUGUGGUGGCUCCGCUGGUGCUUUUAGAAAGUCACCUGAUGGCCAGUGGGUACAUGCUUUUUGUGCUGAGUGGAUAUUGGAAUCGACAUUCAGAAAGGGACAAGUCAAUGCUGUUGAAGGAAUGGAGGCCAUUUUGAAGGAAAGGGAUGCCUGCAUUAUCUGUCGCAGAAGAGUUGGUGUCUGCAUAAAGUGCAACUAUGGGAAUUGCCAAAGCACAUUUCAUCCGUUUUGUGCAAGAAAUGCUGGCCUCUACUUGCAUGUGAAGAUUAGUGGAGGCAGGGUUCAGCACAAGGGUUACUGCGAUAGGCAUAGUAUGGAGCAGAAAGAGAAGGCUGAGACUCAGCAGCAUGGGGCAGAGGAAUUAAAAAGCAUUAAGCAAAUUAGGGUUGAACUUGAGAAGUUGCGACUUCUUUGCGAGCGAAUUAUUAGACGAGAAAAGUUGAAGCGAGAGUUGGUUAUUUGCUCACAUGACAUCCUUGCGUCAAAAAGAGAUGCUGUUGCUUUCUCUGUACUUGUGAAUAGUCCUUUCGUUCCACCUGAUGUUAGUUCUGAAUCAGCUACUACUUCUCUCAAAGGGCAUGAUGAAAAUAAAUCCUUCAGUGAAGCAUUUCAAAGAUCCGAUGACGUCUCUGUGGACAGCACAGUUUCUGGUAAGCGCAGAUUUACAAUUCCCAUGCCCAUGGAUAUGGACCAACAGACCAAUGAAAGUUUAACAUCCCAACGCUCUGCUGCACGAUUGGUGACAGAAAGUUUACCAUUUUCUGGGAAGCAGCUUCCCAAUAGACCUGUAUCGAUUGCCUCCCGGAAUCUGACAGAUGAUGUGGAGAGGAAAUCAAAGUUGAGGAAGCAUACUGAGACCUUUCAGAAAGAGCUGGUAAUGACAUCAGAUCAAGCAUCUGUGCAGAAUCAGCGGUUACCUAAAGGAUUUGCUUAUGUUCCUAUUGGCUGCCUUUCAAAGGAAAAACUAGUAGCCCGUGACGUGAGUUCUCAUGCACCGUUGAAACGUGAUGGGUAGAGAUGAGCAUCACUCUUGGGUCUUCUUCAAUUGCCCUUCUAGGGGGCCAAGACCUAUCCCAGUUGCAUAUUUUCUGCUGCUGAGGCUUGUAAUGUUCAUUGUUUCUGAUGGAUGACCAAGAAGGUAGAGUGAAUGAUGCAGAUAGGGUUCUGGCCAUUGUAUUUUUAUCAAGAGAAAAUGCUGCCUUGGUUCCGACGAGAAAAUUUUGAUGUCAUUGUUGUAUAUGCAUGCAUUCUGAGAGAAAUUGUACAGAGGGUGAGAGUUAUUAUUUAAUGCAUGCCAACAGGCUUAAGUCUCUUCAUCCGGCCACUUCCCUGUACGGUAGAAGGAUGCUUAGCUUCUUCCCUGUAACUGUAUAUGAAGAAUUAUAAGGUACCCUAUGGUGAUUGUUCUGUAAAAGUUGGUGUAUAUUUUCAGCGUUCAUACCCAGAUCACUUGUUUGCUGAAUCAGAAGGUCCAGAGUUGAUAGU